CCUGGGCGGGGCGGGGACCGGCGCCCCGGGCCUGGGCGGCUCCACGCGGCUGCUUCCGCGGAGAGCCCGCGGUCGGGGCUUGGGGGCUGCUCGGCGACACAAAGGCGCCGCCAGCCGCCUCGCCAGCCGCCCUCUCGGCCGUCCCACAGCAGGUGCCCAAAGCAAAUCGGCGAAAGAAGCAGGCGAGGGAGUGUUAAGAUUUCGUAAAGGGGUCGUCACCGAGUUCUCCAGGUGUCGUUGCCUGCCUGUGCCAGAGCUGGGUGGCCAGCACCAUGGACAGCGCCCGCGGACCGACCCUGGAGCGCUUGGACGCGGCUGGCUUCUGGCAGGUCUGGCAGCAUUUUGACGCGGACGAAAAAGGUUACAUAGAAGAGAAGGAACUUGAUGCUUUCUUUUACCACAUGUUGACGAAAUUGGGUACCGAUGACGCAGUCACGGAAGAAAAUGUGCAGAGGGUGAAACAGCGAUUUGUAACUACCCACGAUGUCUCUAAAGACGGUCACAUACAGAUGAAAGAGCUUGCCAGCAUGUUCUUAUCCGAGGAUGAAAACUUUCUUCUGCUCUUCCACCAGGAGGCCCCCUUAGACAGCAGUGUAGAGUUUAUGCAGAUCUGGCGCAAAUAUGAUGCUGAUAGCAGUGGCUUUAUAUCAGCUGCCGAGCUUUGUAACUUCCUCCGAGACCUCUUCCUCCACCACAAAAAGGCCAUUUCUGAGGCCAAGCUGAAAGAAUACACUGGCACCAUGAUGAAGAUCUUUGACAAAAAUAAAGAUGGCCGGUUGGAUCUUAAUGACUUGGCAAGGAUUCUGGCUCUUCAGGAAAACUUUCUUCUCCAGUUUAAAAUGGAUGCUUGUUCUGCUGAAGAAAGAAAGAGGGAUUUUGAGAAAAUCUUUGCCCACUAUGAUGUUAGUAAAACUGGAGCCCUAGAAGGCCCAGAAGUGGAUGGGUUUGUCAAAGACAUGAUGGAGCUUGUGCAGCCCAGCAUCAGCGGAGUGGACCUUGAUAGAUUCCGGGAGAUUCUUUUGCGUCACUGCGAUGUGAACAAGGAUGGAAAAAUUCAGAAGUCUGAGCUGGCUUUGUGUCUUGGGCUGAAAAUCAACCCAUAAUGCCCAGAGUACAUUGCCUUUUGUCUUUAGGGGGUUUCUGUGCUCCUGCUAGUAAAAUUGUAUCUGUGCUUUGCUGUUGGGGAUCCAGUGGGUAACCUUUCUAACAAAUGGUGUGGUAUUCAAGAGCCAAAGGAGGGACUCCAAGGCCUUCUUUAUAGCGUGGGGUUCUCCCGCCUCACUAGAAGCCCCCCAGGCAGUGUCUGUGGGAUUUUCCCCUGGACCCUUGACUUUUCAGUCCCUACAAAGACUCAGCUAAUCUGCUGGAUCUGCCCUGCUUGCCCUCCCCCUGUUACCAGGAAGGCAGAGCAGCGGAGUCCCAUCUGUGCUUUUCAUGUGGGCUUUCCAUGGAGUCUGAAUGGUGGGUGACAUCCUUGGCAGUACUGUGACUUCUGCAAAUAAUUUUUGACCUGGAAAUAAAUCUG